AUGGACCCACUAGAAAGGAACCCAGCGCGGAGGGAGAGGGACGGGCCCACCCACGGGAUCUCACGGAGAGGACCAGGCCGGGAAGGCGCAGAAGCGCAGUUACCUAGAUGCCCCGUCCCGAAGGAGAAACCGCCGCCUGCGCCGGUCCCGCCGGGGGCUACGGUGGUGGAGCCCAGCGUGCCGGUCCCGAAGGAGAACCCCGUGGACAUGGCUGCCGGGGCUCAGCGCCGAAAGCAAGCUGCAGCGGUUCUGGACGUUCCUCUCUCCUCAAAGCCAAGGCGGGCCAGGCAGCAUCGCUCUGGCCUAGCCGCGACCUGGCGGGAACUUCAAACCCCAGAGGCUGAACAAACAAGGCCGAGGUGGGCGGGGCAACCACCCGAGAGCACGUUCCGGCUCCCGCCGCGCGCACGUAACCGGGAGCGAGCCCGCCGCGCAAGGCACCCUGGGAUGGGAGCAGUGGAUCACGCCGGCGCAGGGCAUCCAAGGAGGCAAAGGUUGAGAGACUUCUUCGUUCAACCUCCCAUCAAUCACUGGCUGACUGCUAAGGCACCAGAACAGAGACUUCAGUGCCCACACAACAAAGAACGGACUUUACCGAACAAUCACUUAAAACACAGAGAGCAGCUUUCCGCGUCUCCCGCGGCGAGCGGCCGGUCGCAGCGGCGUGGUCGCGGCUUCCCGGCCCACAGCUUCUUCGCCGGCCCCGCCGCCGCCGCGCUCGCUCCUGCCUCUGGGCCGUGGGAAGGUGGUGGCCGGAACCGCGCCGGCGCCGCCGGCGUCUGCGGGGCUCUCUGCAGCGGGUACUGCAUCUGCUUCGGCCGCAAGAGGCCGAGUGACCCCAACUUCGAGAACAGGCUUCGAGAACGAAGAAAGAAACAAAAGCUUGCCAAGGAGAGAGCCGGACUUUGCAAGUUACCUGACCUUAAAGAUGCCCAAGCUGUUCAGAGAUUCUUCCUUGAAGAAAUACAACUUGGGGAAGAGUUGCUAGCCCAAGGCGAAUAUGAGAAAGGUGUAGACCAUCUGACAAAUGCAGUUGCUGUGUGUGGACAGCCACAGCAGUUGCUGCAAGUGUUACAGCAGACUCUCCCACCACCAGUGUUCCAGAUGCUUCUGACCAAGCUUCCAACAAUUAGUCAGAGAAUUGUAAGUGCUCAGAGCUUGGCUGAAGAUGAUGUGGAAUGAGAACAUGUCAACAUAAUCUCAAUUAAAAAUAUUUUUAAAAUCUGAAGUUGGAAGCUGAGCAGCUCUGGGGGGAAAAGGGCAAAUAGGCUUGUUACGGACUGUCCUACACUGAAAUCUACCAAAGUUAAUUUUUACUUUGUGUAGAUCCAUUCGCCUGUUUUAUUUAUUUUUCCCAGUGAAAAGUGUAUUUUGAUACACUAUGCGGUCCAUUUUAUAAAUAUACUGAUUUACCAAAAUAUCAUGGAUUUUAUUCCUAAAACGUGCAAUUAAAGUGUACAUAUAACAUCACAUUACUUAGGUUAAAAAUACUCAGUGCUUAGUUUUGAAAGAUAGGCCGAAAAAGUAUAGGAGAAAGCUGAAGAAUGCACGUUCUUUUUAAGCUCGUACAUUUGCUCUACAUUAAAGAAUUGGAUGGAGUCUAUCAAGACUGAGCAUUAAAAUCUUUGAGAGAUUAUUUUUUUCCUUUUAAUCUCUUAAAUAGGAUGUGAGAAGUGCUGCUGUGCUGUAUUAAUUCACCUCCUCCCCGUGUAUUUGUCAUUUUAAUCGGUGGGCUUAAUGUGUUCUGGAUAUUUAUCGUAUUUUAGAUGUAUGUAGUAAAUAGCACCGGGAAUUAAAUCUAUGUACAUCCUUUUUCUAGCCAUGUGAGCCUCACUAAUUACUGUCUACCCUCUUUCCUCACUUAAAAAAUGAGGGAAUUGGUCUGCUAAUUCAGAGAAGUGUCCCUUUCAGCUUUUAAUUCAUUUGUUUCCGUUAAGCACCACCAUCUCCUGAGGGAUAUAUUUGUUUGGACAACCAGGCCUUGCAUUUUUUAUACUCUGAAGUUUGCAUGCUUGCCUGACUUAGUAUUUCUGAACUGAUUCUCCCACCCCCACCCCCUUUUUUUUUUUUUUAAAGAUCUAACUUGUGUUGGUUUUCACUGAAAUCAUGCUGUUCUGUCAUUACUCUUGUAAAUCUGAAACUUAACCUUUAGGGUAACUGGGAUGAUAAACUUGUAAAAUGUUUGUUCCCCUUUGCUUUUAUCUUCAGUGUAUCUCCUUAAUCCUCCUUCAAUCUCAUUCAUUUAUCUUGUUAUGAUGAGAAUAAGGUAUAACCUUAUGGCUGAAGACUUGGAAAGAAUGAAGGUGUUCUCGAAAUAGUGACAUGUUAUCUGCAGUCACAGGUUGAACAUUAGGUCUGAGAAUAAAGAUCCUUGGUACUUAAAAAAAAAAAAAAA